AAAACUUAAAGUAUAUAACAUGAUUGCACAAGUCCUUAUCUAAUUUGUAUAUCAAUGUGAAUCAGAAGAUUUAUGCCAACGAGAAUAUGUUGGCAACCCAUCCAACCAACAACAAAUUUUCUCAUUAAUUAAAUGUUUCAGUAUUAAAAAUACAUUAUUACAAAUAAUUGAUUUUCUCCCAUCAACAAAUCUUGUAACCGCUUUCUUGUUAGCCACGCAGAGAGUCUUGGAGGAUUAUGUUGGUUUCGUAAUGGGCUUCAGGUGAUUUUUUUUUUUUCUUUAUAUUACUGGUUUAGUCCGGUUCGGGGGCGAGUUCUGGUAUCAAGUGGUUUCAGCCCCCUCCCGAUCGCAGUUGCGGGGGAUGGAACCGUGGUUCUCCCUUUUAGUUUUGUAAAAAAAGCGUGGGACUCACUAAUAUAAAACUUUCCCAUUAAAAGCCAUGGAAUGACAAGAUUCUCUCCCUUCUUUCUCUGUUGAGAAUAAUUGAUCAACGUAUAACAUUACAAUAAAUGGAUUUGCAGCUCUUGAAAGAGCUCUUGAAGCUAGAACAUUGGAUUUUAUAUUAGUGAGUCCCACGUUGUUUUCUGAAAAACUAAAAAGAGUGUUUAUAAUACUCAUUCACACAUGAAUAUGGGUAGAGAAUUUCUUUAGUCACCCCGUCAACCCCAGCAAAAUUCCCAAUUUGUCCCUGCUUCGAAGAUCUCCGAAGUAUUUUUUUUUUAGUUUUUUUCAGACUUCGGAGAUGCAUUUCCGAAAUGCAUGAAAUUUCAAAAUUUACGUUGGUUUUAACAGUCAGGUAUUAUUUCGGAAGUACAUUUCCAAAAUAAUCUGUUCAUAUCCCAUUUUCCCUCCUUCACUAUUUCAUCAUUUUUAUCAAAAACAAACCCAAACCCUCUCCAAAACUUCCAUCAAUAUCAAUCCAAUUUUCGUCUCAAAAUCAAGUUUCAAACCGUUGAUCAUGUUAAAGGGAGCGUAGAAAGCUACAAUAAGAGGUAUGGUGCAUCCGGAAGAUGUCAACGUUAAUAACGAUCCGGUUAAUGAUGUUAAAUCGAUGAUCGAUGCGGUGGACGUACGACAACAAUUUACAAAUGAUAUGAGCUUCUCUUGUCGUGAACAAUUGCUUGAUUGGGUUCGUAGAGAAGCUAGUAAACUUGAAUUUGGCAUUGUUACAUUAAGGUCGAACAAUGGAAAUAGUAGACGGAAAACUUUUGUCGUUUUGAAUUGUGAGAGGGGUGGGAGGUAUGUACCAACAAAUUGGGUGUUAAAACACGAAGACACAGGAUCGAGAAAGUGUGGGUGUUCGUUUAAGUUGCGCAUGACUCGGAGGAUUGAUGAUUUGUGGCGUUUAAGCGUCAUUUGUGGAAUUCAUAAUCAUUCCUUGGAAGCCAAGCUACAUGGGCAUCCAACGGUGUGUCGGUUGUCCCGCGAAGAGAAGAAUGUUAUUUCAGAUUUAUCGAUAAUCAAAGUGGCGCCGAGAAACAUACUUGCCGAUUUGAAGCGAAAAAAUCCAGAUAGCGUUUCAAAUAUCAAGCAAGUAUACAAUGAACGACACAAUUUUAAAGUCUUGAAAAUGGGUCCAAGGUCAGAAAUGAAACAACUUUUGAAACUAUUAGGCGAUAACCAAUACGUUUCAAGCUUCCGAACGUGUGAGGACAAAGUUACGGUGCGUGACAUUUUUUGGACUCAUCCCGAAAGUAUCAAAUUUUUCAACACUUUUCCAACCAUUCUUGUGAUGGAUUUGACGUACAAGACCAACAAGUAUAGGCUUCCGCUUCUAGAGAUUGUCGGUGUGACCUCGACGGACAAGACAUUUUCGGUUGGAUUUUCUUUUUUGGAAUGUGAAAAAAAGAUAACUUUACAUGGGUUUUGGGAAUAUGCAAGUCUUUGUUGGUUGAUCAAAAGAAUAGGCCAAGUGUCAUUGUUACUGACCGAGACAAUGCUUUGAUGAAUACAGUCGAUACUGUCUUCCCUACAUCGACCGUAUUACUUUGCCGGUAUCACAUAACGUGUAACGUGAGAAGUAAACUCAAACUCGCGGUUGGCAUGAAAGAUAGACCGGAUGAAAACGGUAAAGUCAUAAAAGCCGGUGUUGUGGUGGAUAAGAUUAUGGCCGCAUGGAGGGAGAUUUUAGAUGCACGUUUCGAAGAGUUGUAUACCAAGAAAUUGGUACACUUUAGGUCUUUGUGCAUUUCUAUUAAGACUUUUUGUCAUUAUGUCGAAUCCAUUAUCCUUGACAAAGUAAAGGAAAAAGUAGUUUGUGCUUGGACGGAUCGAGUAAGACAUCUUGGUUGCACUACAACUAACUGAGUUGAAUCCGCACAUGAUUCACUUAUUCCAUCCGUAAUCGGUGUAGCCCCGGUUUCGAAGUGGAUUUCAUUUCUCGAAAUGGGCCACCUAAUAGCAAGUGCGUAUGAUCGUGUUUGUGUCGAUUUGACAAGAUUUGGGUUUUUAGAGACACUUUUCCGCUUCACAGUCGCCCUCCUUUGGACGCGUCUAGCCGCAUCAUUUCCUAUACCGUCAACUUCUUGUGAGUGGAUGGCACAUCACACAAAUGAGGUGGAGACUUGGCCGUAUAUGUUUGUUGAAAGAAUGGCGGAGUUUGAAGAAAUGAUGAAGCAAGAGCGUAAGGAAAAUAAAGAGCGGUCGAAGAACAUACCGGUUUUAGAUUUAAGCUCUACCGAUUGGUUCGGCGAAUUUUAGUUUUUACUGGACCGUUUUUUGUUUGUAGUGACCGAUGUGUGUCAUUUUUUGUAUGUAUUGUCGUUUAGAAUGUAAAAUCAAACCGAUUCAAUACAUAUAUAAUAUAAGUAUGUUUAAUGUUGUUAUUGUUUAUGU